AUGGCUUCAUUCCUCUACUCUCCCGCUGUCGACAUGAUAGCAGCCGCGGGCCGCAUUGUCCUCUCGCCUCUCUUAUCCGGCCCAAUGCUAGUGACCAUCACCUACUACCCGGAUGCCGUACGCCACAUCAUCGCCUCGGCCGUCAAAGUCCUCCCCGAGCAGGUUAUGGCACCGAUCCUGUCUCUACCACAACCCCUUGUGGCAACUGCUCUGCGGGUUCUCACCGUGUUGAGCCUCGUCCGCGCAGUGAACGGGGCCCUAAACACCAUGGCUUCGAACUCUUGGCGUCUCACGGCGGCGAAAGGCUGGGACUGGCCAAACGAAAUUGCCGUGGUCACGGGUGGUUCGAGUGGUAUUGGGAAGGGCAUCGUGGAGAGACUCGUGGCCCUUGGUGUUCGUGUUGCCGUGCUGGACAUCCAGGGCCUACCCAAGGAGUUCCAGGGGAAUGCGCGCAUCCGAUUCUUCCACUGCGAUGUGACGUCGGCCGAAUCUGUCGCGGCAGCGGCAGAUGCUGUCCGCAGCGAGUUUGGGCACCCCUCUAUUCUCGUCAACAACGCGGGGAUCGCCCGGCCUAUGCCCAUCCUCAAGACGCCAGAGGAGUACCUCCGUAAAAUAUUCGGCGUCAACGUCAUGUCCCUGUGGUUCACGACGCAGCAAUUUCUUCCCCGCAUGGUCCAGCUCAACAAGGGCCAUGUUGUGACUGUGGCGAGCAUCGCGUCCUUUGUCGCUCUCGCCACGGCCGCUGAUUAUUCGGCAACAAAAGCCGGCGCCCUAGCGUUUCACGAGUCGCUCGCGUCUGAGAUCAAACACCAAUACAAGGCACCGAACGUGCUGACGUCCGUAAUCCACCCCAACUUUGUCAAGACACCACUCCUUGACGGGUUUUCUGGCCGCCUUGAGCGUGCUGGGGUCCGGAUGCUGACAAGCGACCGGAUUGCGGAUGAAGUGGUUGUUCAGAUCAAGAGCCGGAGGGGUGGUCAGUUGGUGAUCCCGAGCUCCGCCACGGGCAUAUCCGGCAUAAGGGGCUGGCCGACAUGGCUGCAGGAACUCUUGCGUGAUGCUGUUGCAAAGGGGGCAGUGAAGCCGUAGCCAUGUAGCAUUCUGAUAUGUACCAGAGGAAUGCUAAGUUUCACGCCGUGUUGGUCAAAACAGUGAGGAACAAGAAUCCAAGCGCUUGCUCAAAUCAUGCUGUUCGAUACCUGUGCUCAAAUACCUACCUACCUAGGUACCUAG